AUGGAGAACACUUUGGUGAUUGUCUUACCAGCAAAACUCCGAAGUUGUGGGAUUUCUCCAUCUUGGAUCGGUGUCGAUCUGACGGCCCCAGAGGCAGAGGAGAACCCAGCAUCUCUCCCCAAUGCCCCGGUCCCCAGCUGUGCACCCAGGCUGUGCCCCCUGUCCUUUGGCGAAGGAGUGGAGUUUGACCCCUUACCACCAAAGGAAGUAAGGUAUACCUCCCUGGUCAAGUACGACUCAGAGCGGCACUUCAUCGAUGACGUGCAGCUGCCACUGGGCCUGGCCGUGGCCUCCUGCAGCCAGACAGUCACCUGCAUCCCCAACUGCACGUGGCGCAACUAUAAGGCUGAGGUGCGCUUCGAGCCACGCCACAAGCCCACACGCUUCCUCAGCACCACCAUCGUCUACCCGAAGUAUCCCAAGACCGUCUACACCACCACCCUGGAUUACAACUGCCGCAAGACGCUGAGGAGGUUUCUGUCCAGCGUGGAACUCGAAGCCUCGGAGUUCCUGGGCACCGAUGACCUCUCAGACGAAUGCUGACUCGAGCAGGCUGGGCUGGGCUUGGACCAGCUCUUCCGCUGCCCUGGCCCCAGGCCGCCCUGGUCAGGCUGGGCGACACUGCCCUUGCAUGUCGUUCCAGCCCCUGAGGCGUCCAACCUAGAGAUACCUCUAAGCCCAGCCUGGGGAAGGAGAAAAAAAAAAUCACUGAAUUUCAUAAUUA